AAUUGAUUGAUUGUAGGAGUGUUUCAUAAAUUAACUGUAAGAAUUGUAUAAUGUUAUAUUAGUGUAAAAGCCGCAUUUUUUUCUGACACAUCAUCUUUUGAUUUUGUGAAUGACCUGGGUUUCUGUUUGGAUGUUUUGGUUUAUAUGCUGAUCUAUUUUGAAAACACUUCCUUUAUACCAGGCAAAAGAUCAAUUAUUUUCUUCCUAAUAUACCAAAAAACCUUCACUUUAACUGGAUUUUGUUUGUAAGACUUUGCCCUCUUCUUUCACUCUCUUAUUCUCUCCCAAUCUUUUCCACACCAGUAUAAAAUGCUACUUGAACUUUUUUUUCUAGAAUUUUCAAGCUAAUCCACCAUAAGCAGAAUUUAUCCUAUAAAUACUAAAUUUUGACAGUUGAAUACUUCUCAAGACUAUGAUACUAUUUAGUAGGCAUUUUUAAGCAACAAAUUUGGCCAUUAGAAUGUUGAUAUUGCUUAAUAAAAAAGAUUUUUUUGCUUAAAUGCAGAUGAUGGAGGCUACACUUAUAAUGUCAACAUGAGUUCUUCUAGGGGACCCUUUGCAGUUAAAAGAGGUCCAUCUUCAAGAAGUGGAGGUCCUCCUCCUAAAAGAUCUGCUCCUUCUGUUCCAGCAAGAAGCAAUAGUGCAGUGAGAGGACGAGUAAAAAGAACAGGAAUAAUGGACCAGUAUGAUGAACAAUUAUAAGCAGUAAGAGUGAAGACAAGUUUUUAAGAAUAAUUUGAUGUGAUGAGAAGGGAUAGAUAACUGAAAUGAUGACACAUGCAAGGGAAGGAUAGUCAAGUGCAAAAGGAACAGAAGGAGACAUUCAAUGAAGGAAAAUGUGUCCUGAAUCACGCGGGAGAGAGAAUUAUGGAGAUCUACCGCGUAGAAAGCCAGUGUCUUCCCGGAGAGAUUACUAUGUGUCACCAAGAGGUGGUGGUUAUGCUGCAAAAGAUAGUUACAGAGAUUAUCCAGGUUCCCAAGAAGGCAAGGAUUAUGGUCCUCCAACUAGAGACGUUGUGUACCAUGAUUAUGGCCAUUCUAGUCCUCGGGAUGAACAUUUCUCUAGAGGAUAUAGUGACCGUGGUGGCUAUGGUCGCAAUAGAGAUUAUUCUGAGCAUCCAAGUAGAGGCUUUUAUAGAGAUGCAUUUGACAAUUAUGGGAAUUCCCGUGGCGUACUAUCUGCACGAGGGCCUCCACUGACUUACAGUGGAAACAAUCGUUACGAAGAUUGUAACAGUACACGAGAUGGAUAUGGUGGAAAUCGGGACAGUUACUCAAGCAGUCGAAGUGACAUGUAUCCAACUGGUCGUGCACGUGGUAGCAGACGGGAACGAGGGUUCCCACCUUCUCUGGACAGGGUGUACUAUGUUCCUCAUGGAUCAUAUGGUAGUUCAAGUUGUGGGGCUUCUAGAGGCAGUCAGGGGAGAGGCCAGUCUGAAAGAGGAGGACGAAGAAGGUACUAAAACAAAAAUUACACUUGUUUGCCAAACUUCCUUUGCAGACAGAAAAUUUAAAUGCUACUUUUCUUGUGUUGUAAGUACUAGCUAUUAAAAGAAAUACCUUGGUUUUGGAGGAGGGGGCAUAUAUUAACUUCUCUUCUGUGACUUUUCCCUUUUACAAUAUAUAGAUAGAUUUGUUUAAAGUAAUGUCAGUGUCGCUGUUGAGAAAUAAACGUUUCUUCUUGAGAGUGUUUGUACUGUUAAAAGUUCUUAGAAUAAAAGUUUGCACAAAACCCUGUGUCCCGUUGCAUUGUUCUUUGUUGCAUGUA